ACACCAAUCAAAAAAGUUUCAUGCUACAGACUGAAGGGGCGAGUGCUGCAACGCCUCCAACAUUUCCUCUAGAAGUGCCAUUUGGGUUCUACAGAAUGGGAGUCAUUUAGUUAUUCUGAAUGGGGAAAGCACGAUGGAUCGGACCAUUAAUGUGAUUUUAUUCUGGUCUGGUAAGAAAAGUUUAGGUCUCUUUGUUUUCUAAUAUUAUCUAAUCAGAUUUUUUGUUUUGCACCAUCAAAUUUAAUCCAGCAACUUGUCAGAACCAUGAAGAAAUCAAGAUAGUCAAUAAGUGGAUCUUUCAAGAGCUAUUGUGUUUGCUCCUCCAAUAUGGAAACAGCAGCCAAAGACUUUAUUUUUUAAAACAUCUCAUAGUCACACUGUGGCACUAAUGUUACAGUUGAGCAAAAAUACUUAAAUAUGCUUAAAGGCAGUACAGGAUUUUGUUCUUUAGAGACAUUUCCCACUCUGCAGUCAUCAUAGUGAGGUUUUCUGCACCUCGUCUUCAUUCACCAUGUCCUUAGACUUAAAAGCAUGUUUUCAUGUAGCUGUAAGUUUACUGUAAGAUUAAUCUGUUGUGAUGCGAUUUUUUUAGAAUAUUUUUCUUAAUUGAUAGUAAAAAAGUUACAGCAGCCAUUUAGGAAACAAAGUAGAAGUAUAAUGCAACUAAAUAGUUUAGAAAAAAAAAUCGUAAGAUGUUUAAAAAUAUGAUGAGGCUUCAAAUUUUGCUGCCAUGGUAAUUAUGCCAAGUUCUUAAGUAAAACACAUUUGGAAUCACAUUUAGAUGAAAACUUAGGUUAGAACAUCUCUGUAAAAAAGUAAAAAAACAUUUAAGUUUUGGAAAUUGUUAAUUACUGUGAUGGGAAUAACCUGAAGACCUGGAAAUUCAGCCAAACACAGCAGUAAAACAUUAAAGAAUGUUUAUUUUUUAUUUAAAAUGUGGGUAAAUGAGGGAAUCGCAGAAUAAUCUGCUGAUAGGAAAACUGGAGACAGAGCAGCAUAUGCUGCAAUGACAGGGAGAGGGAGCGGGACUGUCUCAGUGCCAGCUAUGGGGCGGUCUGUGGAUUAAGCGCCUUUCCUCAAAAAGAGAAACAACUAGUACAGCCCACAGAAGUUCAUGAAUCCAAAAUCCAAUGUCACAGUGGAGGUACAGGCAAAGUCAUACACAGGCAGGCAGAAGUCAGCAAUACCGAUCAGGGGGUUGAGCAGGAAUCAGUAAUCACAGUUCAGAGCCAAGGUUGGGGUCCAGAUGACAGAUGGGCAAUAGAAUCUGUGAGGGGCAAGGCAGACAAAAUCCAUGGACAGAAAACAUGGUCAAAAGUCAAAAGGCUUGGUUGUAAAUAUUGCUGAAGUCUCUACUGGCAAAAGGCUGCCAAUAAUCUGGCAGGGAGACAGAGCCUGAGCUUUGCUUAAAAGGAGGAGUGAACAGGUGCAGCAAGGAGACAAUUAGGCAGGGCUCAGGUGAACUGUGUGAAGCUGAUUAACAGGAGGGUUGCCACCCGCCAUUUAACCGGAAAGGAAGAAGAAGAAGAAUGAUUAACAGGAGGACUGGUAGAAAGGAAAAAAACAAACAUGACAGGCAUGGCCGAACAAGGUGGAAUCAUUACAAUUACUGCAUCUAUGUCAAAGUGGGUAAUAAUAGUUUUCACUAAUAGAAUGGUGCACAAGAGAUAUUUCUGCAUCCCUCUUCCCCUAAAAACGUUGUAUAAUAGAAAUUGGGAUAUGUUUUUUUUUUAUCUCACAGUGUUAACAGCUGCUCUUUGCUUUAAUAUUGAUCCUGCUGCUUGGAAGUCUUUCAGUGACUCUGCUGGGGGUUUUGGCUACCAGGUGGUGCAACGGCAAUUGAGUUUGCUCAUCAGUGCCCCACUUGAGCAGCACUCGAGUAACGGAAGGGGAGUAGUAUUUGAAUGUACCACCGAGAAAUGCCAAGAGUUACUUCUGUCAGAAGAAAAAACUCCAGUCAACAUGUCUCUUGGUUUGGCGAUGGCAAGUGAUCCCAUGACCCAAAACACUUUGGCAUGUGGUCCAACUAUUCCUAAAGACUGCAAAAGUAUCACCAUGUACAAGGGUUUGUGCUUUGAGAUAGAUCCUCAGAACAGAUUUGGAAACUCUUAUCCGCCUUCCACGGAAGAGUGUCAAAACAUGGCUGAUAUCGCGUUUCUUCUGGAUGCCUCUGGCAGUGUGGCCGCAGAAGAUUUUAUUAAAAUGAAGACCUUUGUGAAAAAUCUAAUUAGUUCAUUCCUGAGAAGAGAGACAGAAGCCACAAAGUUUUCCGUCACACAGUUUUCAUCAAAAACUACAAUUCAUUAUUAUUUUGAUACAUUUCCGUCAGGAAACUGGAAAUAUCACAUUGAUAAUUUAAAACAAAUUAUUGGAGCAACAGCAACAGCUGCAGCUAUCAAAAAAGUUGUGAGUGAUGUCUUCUCACCAGACAGGGGUUCCAGGCUAAAGGUGAAAAAGAUUUUGAUAGUCAUUACAGACGGACAGUCUACUGACAGCGACCUAGACAAAGCGAUACAAUUAGCUGACAAUAAAGACAUUGCUCGAUUUUCUGUUGGGGUGGGAGAAGCAUUUACAAGCCUUGAUGCAAUAAAAGAACUCAAACUGAUUGCAUCUCAACCGUCUGAAAACUUUAUGUUUCAAGUUGAAAACUUUGAAGCGCUUGAAAAAAUUCAAGGGAACUUGCAAGACAGAAUUUUUUCUAUUGAAGGAUCUAAAGUCAGUGGAGAGACACUGAAACUGGAAAUGUCUCAAGAGGGGUUCAGAACAGCUAUCUUACCAGGGGAGGUUCAGAUGUCUAUUGUUGGUGCUAAUGAGUGGAGAGGAGGCUACAGGAAAUACUCACUUCAGAAUGCCGUGCUUACAGGCUCAUUUGAACCACAAUCUAUAGGGCCUGACAGUUAUCUUGGUUAUUCCAUGGCAGUAGCUCCAACUCAGUCAGGCAUGUUGACAGUUCUAGGUGCUCCGCGGUACAAACACAGAGGAGUUGUGAUCACUGUUUUCAGAGAUGAUUUUCACCAGCAAAUAAACCCUUAUCCAGAACAGAGUGGGGAAUAUUUUGGGGCAGAGGUUUGUGCCGUGGAUGUGAAUUCUGACAGCUACACUGAUCUAAUCCUCAUAUCUGCUCCCAUGUACAAAGACGACGACAGAGAGGGACGAGUGUAUGUUUGCAAGCUGACUGGUUUGAAUAUCGACUGCCACUUUGAUUCUCCAUCACAACUAAUAAUACUAAGAGGAGAUCCAUCCCCAAAAGGAAGGUUUGGAUCUUCUCUUGCUGCUCUGCCUGAUCUAAACAGAGAUGGAUUCAAUGAUCUGGUAGUUGGAGCUCCUCUGGAGAAUGAUGGCCAAGGUAGCAUCUACAUAUUCAAUGGAGAAGGAGGUGAAGGGAUCAAUCCUACCUACUCACAGAAAAUGGCUGCCUCUGAUGUGAAAUCAGGACUAACGUUUUUCGGUUUGUCCAUCAGUCCACGGUCUCAUGAUCAGAGUGGAGACACACUGCCUGACUUAGCAGUGGGUUCAGUGGGAACAGUUGUUUUACUCAGGUCCAGACCUUUGGUGAUGGUUAAUGCCACUGUGUUGUUCAGCCCAAAUGAAAUCCCAACUCAAAACCCAGACUGUUCAAAACCAUUGGAAAGUACAGCUGAAAUCUGCUUUACCAUGAGAGGAUUGUCUGGAAUCGAUGCAGCUCAAGCACAAAUUGGUUACACUUUAAUACUGGAUGCAACUCGAAGGGCUCCAAACAACAGAGCUUACAUCACUAAGGAAAAGAGAGACAUUACAGGAUCGGUUAAUGUCGACAUACAUGGACAAAUGUGCAAAAGUGAAAAAUUCUUUAUCAAGCCCUGUCCAGAAGAUGCUCUCAAUCCAAUUGAAAAUAAGCUCAAAUUCACUUUUGAUGGUUUACCCUCGAAGACGAAUCUCAGACCAAGUCUCUCCCAGCAGGUUCAAACAAAAACCUUUCAUCCAAUUAGGUUUGAAAUCAGCUGUGGUGUUGACAAUGAGUGUGUCGAUGAACUAAACAUGGAUUUCAAUUUCACCAGAUCCUCAGAGGUUAAAGUUGGCAUAGAUGAGCUUUUAAACGUGACCGUCUCAGUGGACAACAGCGGGGAAAACUCUUACAACAACCACAUCAUUCUCACAUACCCAGUGGGACUCUCCUACAGGAAGUUUACAUCUCUACAAGGAAGAAUUGAGUGUAACUCCCUGGACAGUGAAGAUGGCGUUGCAAGAGGAAAGACAGACUGCAGUGUUGACAAACCUAUUUUCAAAAGUAACUCUAAGGCGAUCUUCAUCGUUUCCUAUGGGUUCAAUCCCAGACGAUCACUUGACAACAAGAAAAAGAUCUUUAUUGCUGCAAAUGCUACAAGUGGGAACCAGCAGCAUUCUGCAUCUAGCAACCUCUAUAAGAAGAAGGAGAUUGGUGUAAAGUUCAGUAUCUUUAUUACCAUUGAAAGCUCCCUCAGCUACAACAAUUUCACAAUCGGAAAAAGCAAUCAGCAAAAAACAUUUCAGCAAUUAAUAGAGGUCACUAAUAGUAUCAGAGCUCUUACUUUUACCGUGGUGAUCCGAGUUCCUGUCAAACUCAGAGACAAAGACAUUUGGAUGGACAUGGACAGUUUGCAGAUUACAGACUGUGAAAGAAUCAAAUAUGAAGAACCCGUCGUCACAGAUUUUGCUGCACAGAUAAAGAAAACAAAAGUUGUGGACUGCUCUGUAGCUAGGUGCAGAGUGUUCAGGUGCAAAAGGUUCAUGGAAAAGAACGAGAAACGAACACAUAAGAUCUCUGCAAACCUCAGCUCAGGGUGGAUAGAACAGAUUGGACUCCCAUCUGCCAAAUUACUGCUGACCAGUACAGCCAGUCUAGAAUACGAUGCAAACCAGUACAUCUUCUUCUCAGCAGCCUCUAAUUACACACCUCCUGUUCGUAAGAUUGAGGCUGAGAUCGAAGUGUUUCCUGAACCAGAUUUCACCAAAGAGAUCAUCGGAGGAUCUCUGGGAGGCUUGUUGCUUCUGCUUCUACUCACCGCUGGCCUGUAUAAGGCUGGAUUUUUCAAGAGCAAAUACAAUGAGCUAAUGGCUGAACAUGUAGGAGAAGCUGAUCCAGUCAAUGCAUGAGGAGCAACCAUAAAUCCAGAAAAAGGAAAUCACUUCUACCCUGUCCCUCACAGACUCAACCCUUUACUCAUCAACUACAAUGGUCUUAUUUUACAAAUGUUUGAUGAUACAAACUGAAAAACGGAAACAUAAAACGGUAUUUCAAGCACCUAGUGGUUCUCAUUGUUUGGAUGGUCUUGUAAAUAGUAUGAGACAAUAUCUUUAGGAGGCUUUAUUGUACUGUAGCUCUUUCACAUGACUGAACAUGUUUGGUUUAUAUUUUGCAAUAAGUAGCAGUUUGGUACACAUUAAAAUGCUUUUAUACAAAAAA